AUGUCCAGGCUGCAGCUGGUCGGCUUUCGUCGCAUUUCCCUGGCGGCUGGCCAAUCAAUCACGGUGAGCUUUCUGCUACAGCCUGACAUUCACCUCACCGUCUUCGGCCCAGACGAGCCGGUACAUACCAAACUCUCUCGGACAGAAGAACUGCCUUCAAGCCCUCAUCAAAGUGGUCGUCAACAUUCGCCGGCCCAGUUGGUUAAUUCCUCCAAACUGGAUGCGGUAGUACAGCCUGACACGUACUAUGCCAAAAAGAUGCUAUUGGACAACUCGACAAUUGACACGGUUCCCUGGUUGGCACAAAUGGGCAAACGUGUUGCUGAUCCGUCAGCAACGGGCAAACUGGUCUGGGGACUGGGAACGAUGCGGAUCAGUAUUGGCGCUGGACAACCGGGUUAUGCAGGUGCAAAUGUAUUGAGUGGUGACGUCAAAACCGUCAUAGGCCUGGGUGACGAAGUCUGGCCAGUCUAA